CGCGGACGUGCGGGCGGAAGUGGUGCUGGAGCGCUUUAGGAAAGGGACUUGCGGAGAAAGCAGGUAGUCUGCUGACGCCUGUGGACGGUAUCGGAGGGGGCAGGCCGCCAUGAACCGCCUCCAAGAUGACUAUGACCCCUACGCAGUUGAAGAGCCUAGUGACGAGGAGCCGGCUUUGAGCAGUUCUGAAGAUGAGGUGGAUGUGCUUUUACAUGGAACUCCUGAGCAAAAACGAAAACUUAUCAGAGAAUGUCUUACUGGAGAAAGUGAAUCCUCUAGUGAAGAUGAAUUUGAAAAAGAAAUGGAAGCUGAAUUAAAUUCCACCAUAAAAACAAUGGAGGACAAGUUAUCCUCUCUAGAAACAGGGUCUUCCUCAGGAAAUGGGAAAGUUGGAACAGCUCCGACAAAGUACUAUGACAAUAUAUAUUUUGAUUCUGAUUCUGAGGAUGAAGACAAAGCAGCACAGGUGACCAAGAAAAAGAAGAAGAAACAACACAGAAUUCCAACAAAUGAUGAAUUACUAUAUGAUCCGGAAAAAGAUGACAGAGAUCAGGCCUGGGUUGAUGCACAGAGAAGAGGCUACCAUGGUUUUGGAAUACAGCGGCCACGUCAACAACAACAGCCUUUUCCAAAUAGUGAUGCUGUCUUGAAUUGCCCUGCCUGCAUGACCACACUGUGUCUUGAUUGCCAAAGGCAUGAAUCAUACAAAACUCAGUAUAGAGCAAUGUUUGUAAUGAAUUGUUCUAUCAACAAAGAAGAGAUUCUAAGAUACAAAACCCCAGAGAACAGGAAGAAAAGGCGAGGCCAUAAGAAGAUGAGGUCUAACCAAGAAGAUGCUGCGGAGCAGGCAGAGACAGAUGUGGAAGAAAUCUAUCACCCAGUCAUGUGCUCUGAAUGUUCCACCGAAGUGGCAGUCUACGACAAGGAUGAAGUCUUUCAUUUUUUCAACGUUUUAGCAAGCCAUUCCUAAAUAGCUAAGUUGGCAUUUAGUUGCCCAGUACAGUAUACAAGGCAAAUAUGGACAGUUAUAUUCCUCCUGCCUACUCAUCUCAAGUGACAUUCUGAGUGGUUAUUUGAGGAAGCAGUGUUUUAUCUUUAUCUUUUUGGGAAAAAAUGGUUAUCUACCUUCAUCCUUCCCCUUCCUUUUUUUUUUUUUUGCGGUACGCGGGCCUCUCACUGUUGUGGCCUCUCCCGUUGCGGAGCACAGGCUCCGGACGCGCAGGCUCAGCGGCCAUGGCUCACGGGCAUGUGGGAUCUUCCCGGACCGGGGCACGAACUCGUGUCCCCUGCAUCGGCAGGCGGACUCUCAACCACUGCGCCAUCAGGGAAGCCCCCUCCCCUUCCUUUUAAAAAAAAAGUUUCCCCAGCUCUGAUGGGACUUGUUAUUCAUUCUCUUUUUGAUAGAUAUUUGGAAAUGGGCUUUUUAUUUAUUAAAGCUCUUUAGAAUUAAAAUGUUCUGGAGUUACAGGUAACUUGUUUCAGAGUGUUAUUUUUAUUUUUUAUUUUGGAUAUACCCUUGGUGUGCUUAAUCUAGAAACUGUUUCCUCACUUCUGUCUAUAUAUAUAUAUUUUUUUCUUUUUUUAAAUUGCGGUAUAGAUGCUUUACAAUGUUGUGUUAGUUUCUGUUGUACAACAAAGUGAACCAGCUGUAUGUAUACAUAUAUCCCCUCCCUCUUGGACCUCCCUCCCACCCUUUCUGUCUAUAUUGUUUUUGCUAAGAAGUAUCUUUAUUUCCCUUCUAACCCAUAGGAUGGAGUGAAUAGUAUUAAUAACUUACAAUUACAUGAAGUAUUGGGGUGCCUUGAGUAAUUAACAUAGGUCUUUCCUUAAAAGGGUGGUACUUAAUCAGUAUUCUAAACUUAAUGAAUUAACACAGUAAAAUAGAAAUUUGUGGUAAGGAAGAGCAAACUCACCCUCCAGCCUUAGACUUAAAAAUUUUGUUGCUGUUGCUUGUGCUCCCAUUUAUUCCAGAAUUUCUCUUGCCAGCAAUGAAGGUGUGUUUGUUUUUGCUCUUAA